AUGGAAGUGAAAAAAGAAGACUGUGCGGAAUAUUUUGCGGAGUACUUUCUUUCGGUGUAUAGCUCCAAGCCGCCGAACUUAGACCCACGAUCGGCUGAGCGGACGGCGGCGCGGGUGCUGUCCGGCGCGGACUCGGCGCGCGUGCAUAUAGGCCAGGUCAAUUCCCGGCUCUCUGACGCGCAGCACGGCUUCCGUAAGGGUCGAAACACGGAGAGUAACUUGUUGUCCUUCGUAUCGGAACUAGCGCCUGCCGUGGACGCCGGAAGACAGGUCGACACUGCUGACGACUGCUUGCGAUUGCAACGGGACAUCGACAGCGUGUUGCAAUGGAGUAAGGACAACAAGUUGUUCUUCAACGUGAACAAGUGCUGUGUGAUAUCGUAUAGCCGCGCGCGUGCGCCACUGCACCACCCCUACGUGCUGGAUACGAGCCUCGUCCCGCGCGUAUCCCACGUCCGUGAUUUGGGAGUCGAGAUGGUCGAGGAAUUGAACUUCCGAAACCACAUUGCGAAUAUCUGUAGGAAAUCGUUUAGAAAUCUCGGUUUUAUUAUUAGACAAUGUAAGAAUUUUGAAAAUGCGCUGGUAAUAAAAACUUUAUAUAACGCAUUAGUUAGGAGUCAUCUAGAAACGAGUAGUUCCAUUUGGAGUCCCCAUGAAAAAAAAUACAGUCUGAUGGGAGAAAGAAUUCAAAAUAAGUUUACGCGGUUCCUGUAUUACAAGCAGUACGGAGUUUAUCCUUGCUUCCCGCAAAUGUAUCCGAGUUUAUUUGUGAAUGGUAUGGUCGGAUACAGCACGUUGCGAGUGCGUCGGGACGUGGCCCUCGUGCGCAGCGUGUGGCGCGUCCUGCGCGGCGCGGUAUGCCGGCCAGCCGUGCUAGCAGCGCUGCGCCUGCGUGUCCCUGACUGCGUGGUUCAGGUGCGCCGCCGCCCGCCAUUGUUUCUCGAGCCCACCGCUAGGACGAAUCUAUUGGAAAAUGCUCCUAUAGUGCGGGCUAUACGGCUUCUUAAUAUCGUAUCGAGGGAUAUAGAUAUAUUUAGUUGCAGCGAGCCGAAAUUCACAGAGGCUGCCUACAGAUGUGUGGAAGACGUCUGA